UGGUAUGGCUUUGGCUUGAUCCGACCUAACCUCCUAAUUUUAAGACUUUUUAUACUCUCCUUCAUCCCAAAAUAAUUUUCGUCUUUAUCAUAAAUAUUUAUCUCAAAUCUUUUGUUAUUUAAACAUUCAAAACAAAAUUAAGAAAAGUGUAUUGUUUUGUCAAAUAGGAAUCAGAGAGAGCACAAAAGAACUCGUGGAACAAUGAGAAAUGAACGUAACAGUGGUGUGCAAGGAUAAUCUUUCCACGUUGCAACACAAGUUAACCACGAAUUUGCUUUGUAUACCACAAAAAAAUGCUUCACAUUUAGAAUCUAUAAUUCAAGAUAAUCCUAUGUAGGAGCCACAUAAGUGGACCACAACGUUUACAACUGGUGGUCGAACACACACAAUCCAAAAGAGUAGCCCUCAGUUGGCUGAUUCUAAUUGGACAAAAAUAAGAAAUUAUAAAGAUCGUCAUUUCUUGGGGGAGAUAACAGAGAAUAUUCAACUACUGACAAUUUUCCAUCACGUAUAAUGCAUGGUCUUUUCUUUUCUUUUUUUCAAGAAAAAAAUAAUAAGAACUUCUAUCUAGCUACUUUUUCUUCUGAAUUCUAUGGUUGCAAGAAAAUUCACAAAUGCUAAGGCUAAAUUUUUAUGGCUCCAUAGUUUCUAGUCCGAUAGAAGUCAAUAGAAGCAGCCGCUCGUGGAUCAUUUUGCCGAACAAAGCAACGAUUGUAUGUCGGAGGAACAUUAGAGUUAAAGCCCUGAAAGAUGGGAUGAAUGGUGGCACCAACGGCAGUGGAUUAGGUGGUCGUAGUUGGGACCCUGGCUUGGAAAUUGAGGUGCCAUUUGAACAAAGGCCGGUGAAUGAGUACUCAUCUCUGAAAGAUGAAACUUUAUACUCUUGGGCGGAAUUGGGUCCAGGGGCCUUCUUCCUACGUCUCGGAGGACUUUGGUUAGUUACUUUUGCAGUUUUGGGAGUACCUAUUGCUGCUGCAAGCUUCAAUCCUUCAAAGGAUCCUUUAAGAUUUCUCCUGGCUGCAAGUACAGGGACUCUUUUUCUUGUUGCACUGAUUGUCCUAAGAAUUUAUCUGGGAUGGAGCUAUGUUGGAGAUAGGCUUUUAUCAGCAGUUAUACCUUAUGAAGAGACCGGAUGGUAUGAUGGACAGAUGUGGGUGAAGCCCCCUGAGAUCCUAGCUCGGGAUAGGCUGUUGGGCUCUUAUAAGGUGAAACCAGUCAUUAAAAUGCUGAAGCAAACGCUAGUUGGAACAGGGGCUUUACUAGUUGCAGCAGUCUCAUUAUUCAUAUUUGCAACACCAGUAGAAGAUUUUUUCCGCGAUACUUUCACAACAAAAGAAAACUCAUUGAGUUCCACCUCAACAAACAGCACAAAUAAACUAGGCAUCAGGAAAGAAGAACUGUUACGCUUGCCACUGGAAGUCAAGGAGGACGAUGAUCUGGCUAAAGCUGCUGCUGAAGCAGCUGAUGGAAGGCCAGUUUACUGCAGAGAUAGGUAUUAUCGUGCAUUGGCCGGUGGUCAGUACUGCAAAUGGGAAGACUUGGUUAAAUAAGAGGAUAUAUAAGUGAAGAAAGCUACAGUUAAAUUCUAUGAUUGCUCAAAAGAUCUGCACAAUUGAGCCUCUUCUUAUAAUUUUAAAGAAGAAAUUUUGAUGUUUUA